CUCAAGCCUUGACUCCCCCUCGUCUGACUUUAAUUGUUACGACGCAUCAAUAAAUCGCUAGCAGGCUACCCGAGUAUUUGGUUAUUUUGACUCAAGCCACACAAGUCAACAUGGCGCCCGGCCUUGCGCCGUCACUAGACCUGACGCCCAAGUUCAACGAACUUCUGCAACAACGAAAUGCGAAGCCCUGCAGGGCAAAGCUCUCCAUUGAUGAGAUUGAUGGCUUUCUCAAGGAAGCCUAUCGUAUUAACUCCCACAUCACAACCCUUCACAAAGAACUCCAGGAUGUACGACAGGCCUACCUCUCCACAGCCCAACCUCGAAAGGGUCUAGCAAAACACAACCCGGGACAGUCGCGAGUAAUGACGGACCGAGACCGCGAAGAUGUCGAUGCAAAUGCGAAACAGAUGAUCCGGGAGCUCAAUGCGAGCAUCCGCGCACUGGACGAGGCCGAAACGUUGCGACGCGAGACAGAAUAUGCUAUUGUACAAAAGAAGUUUGGUAGCGCGUUUGGCGUGCUUGGCUCAUGGGCUUCGGGAGGCAUCGCCACUGGAAAGUCUCCAGAGCAAGAAGAGGCUGAGGCUAUGGCACAACAGACCGAAAUACAUCGAGACGGCGUGCUCUGGUUUUUACGUCAGCGACUGGAGUCGUGCUGCCGUACGCAACAAGACAUGAUGGAAACACGACUAAAGCGUGAGCUGGAGAAGACGAAGGGAUUCAUGAUGCCCUCUGCGGCCGACUUUGAGCAAUUCGUUGCACCAUCGGCACCCCAGGCGACAAGCGGGCACUCGGACGACGCUACCCCUUCCCUACCGCGACAAGACUUGACGGACGAACAAAUGCAAAUGUUUGAAGAAGGAAACCAAGACAUGAUGAAAUAUUACGAAGGAACCCUCGACAAGGUCAGAACUGCCGAAAAAUCGUUGGUCGAAAUUGCCGAAUUACAAACGAUGCUCGUGAGCAACCUCGAGAUACAAUCCGCACAUAUCGAGCAACUUGUUACAGACUCCUUGUCUACUACGGAUAACGUUGGCGGCGGUAACAAGGAGCUCAAAAAGGCUACCCAGAGACCCAGCGCAGCGAGAUACACUUUUUUCGCCGCGAGUGGACUUUGUGCUUUCUUGAUUAUUUGGGAUCUGAUCAUAUAAUGCGUACUAUAGAACCCCAUUUUGAAAUAUUAUUAUGCUUGUACAUGAGAUGCCUGUUGUUUUGAAGAUGUAAAGAACUCCGUCCGUCACUAGUCGCUGCA